AUGAUCGAUGCCCGUAACCACUUAUCUAAUCGAUCUCUCGGCCCGCAGCGCCAGAGGCUGCUUAACGGUAACUUGCAGGUGCGCGCCUUCGCGACAAACCUUGUCUCCAAUCCCAUCUUCGACGACCUCCAUUCAUUCCAUCUGGUGAUUCAGGGUGUUCGACCAGAGAUGCCUCAUGCAGACUCUGCACUGAUUCCGUCCGGGCUCAACAAGUCUGCCUUUUGGCAGCACGUCCACGUCCAAUUGGCCGCCUUACUGGAAGGACAGCGGAACUGGGUGACCAACCUCGCCAACGCGUCGUCUCUCAUCUACAGCUCUCUCCUCGCAUACGAGCCUUAUUUUGGACACGGAGAGAGAGCUGUCAACUGGUGCGGUGCGUAUUUCAUCUCAGCUCUGUUACCGGACAGUGUAUUUGGGGCGUAUCGCGUCGGCCCGGCCCUAAUUAUUUCCGUUUUCUCAGGAUUUUACGUUGUCGCUCGUCUCUUUCCCCAGCCACAAAUAACCCAGGCUGGCGCACACGGCGAUGUUGCAUCGGAGGCAUCUCAUAACCUGCUACUCGGGCCUUUCUGCGGAAAGCCAGCAUGUCAGUUUAUCAACACGACCCCAGACCAGGCUCGCGGAGUCUGCGCUGACGCGUUCAUCAGGCGACAGACUGCUCUCGUUCCCGAUGUCAACGCAUAUCCCGGCCACAUCGCUUGCGAUGGCGAGACACAGAGCGAAAUUGUCUGCCCUUUGAUCGUAAAGACGAGUGGCUACGAGACGGUAGUCGGGGUAUUAGAUCUCGAUUGUCUGGCCUUGGGGGGAUUUACCGAGGAAGACCAGCAAGGUCUGGAGGGGAUUGCCAAUCUCCUGGUACAAGCAUGCGACUGGUGA